GGCGCAGCGCGGGCAGGGCAGCGCCCAUGGGCUGCGGCAACUCCACGGCCGGCAGCGCGGGCGGGCGAGGUGCUACAGGGACUACUAAAGAUGUAGCAGAAGAAUCCAUAUCAGAUGAUGACAAAAGGAGGAACUAUGGAGGGGUAUACGUGGGCCUGCCAUCAGAUGCGGCUGCCAUGGCUCCCAGUCAGACGAAAGCUGCACCCAAAGGUACUGGCAGAUUAGAAGGAAAUAAAGACAUCAAGAUGCAAGCAACCCGAGUCUAUUAAGAGCAGUUGCCAGUGCUUUGGAGAGAGCUGUCUUUGUGCUGAAGAUUUUGAUAUUUACACAGCCUUCCAGAGAGCAGGAGAGAUCAGAGCACCAAAAAAUCCAAACUGUUCCAAGUUCCAGCAAUGGGUAAAGCUUAAAGUACAGUGUUGAAUUCCUUUCCAGUGAUAAUUGCAUUAUGGAAACCUCCUGCUGUUCUCCAGUGAAAGAUGAAAUUAGUGAACUCAUGGUGGAUGUUGCUGUUCAAGAGCUAACUUUGAUGAUCUGCAACUUAUUUCUCUGUGGCCAUAUUGCAGAUUCCAUCAGCUAUCAGCUAUGCUUCAUAUAUUUCCUCAAAAAAGUUUGAUAGAUUUUAUAUAGAAAACCAUCACUACUGUCCACUCAAUAGUUUCUAUGGUAGGUUCCUGUAAAUUAAUUGUUAUUUUACUUCAGAGUAAUAUAUUUGACAAGUUUGCAUCUUUUUGGGAAUAUUACAAAUUUUAAUAUUUUUGCUGUGAAAUAUUAAGAAUAGGAUGAAACAAGCUUAAGACCUUAAGGUUCUUUAUAAUUAUUACUGUCCCUUUUAUACCAUGUGACAAAUAUUAGUGUUUAAUUUUCACCUUGUAAAAAGAUGUUGCUCAAGGAAAUUGAUUCAAAUAAGAACGAUAUACUUCAUUGUAUUAUUUACAUGUCGGUUUAUAUUUUACUUUAGCUAUAUCUCUUUUAUAAAGCAUUACAUAUAAAAAUACUAACAAAAUAAACUGUUAUGUGUUCCAUUCCAUGUAAUAAUAAUAUGUCCUUGCAUAAGGAUGAAGUGAUAGUAUUUUUGGAGCUAGUGGAACUAGACUCCAGUGCUGCAUCCUCCUGACCUGUAGAGUAUUUUUGAUCACUAUUAGAGUUUUAUAUCCCUGUCUCAUCUGAAAGCAUCUCCAGUAUGGCAAAUUGAAACAGAAUGAGCAUUAUUACUACUUUAGCAAAUUGUUCAGGUUUUAAAAUUCAUUAAGUUAAUAGCAAUUGUAAGUUUCUCAUAGAACAUAAAACAGAUUGUACAUUUACAGAUGGCUGAAUAAGUAUUUAAACUACUAAAGCCUUUUGCAGCAUUCUUUAGUCAAACUCUUUUUAAUGGGACUUGAUACACCAUACACUUUAAAUAAUCAAAUAAACAAAGAAAAACCCCCACCCAAUCUGCACCAUAUUAAUAUAUUACUGUACAUUCAUGACCAUUUAUAAAAUUAAAAGAAAACAACAAACCGUAAAAUUUGGGCAUGAAGAAAUAAGCCGCUGUGAACCAUGAAAUUCCUGCCCUUUUCACUGAUACCCAUUACUACCAAUGAACUACCAUUGACUAUGAUUUCCAAUAACUUGCAGCUUUCACUUUUAUAUAGUGGUAGUUUGAUGUGAGGCUUGCAAAAAGAGAUAUUUAAAAGUAUUCCUUGCUUGUCCUCUUUUAAUUAUUUGUGACAUUAUUUAUUGCUAUUCUCUAGCAAUCUGUUACUUGGGUUAUCAAUGAUUUCAGGCUUCCAGCUCCUGUAUCAUUCUUGACUGUCGACCUCAAACUGAAAUGAAAUAAGCUUGAGAUUAAAUAAGCUUGAAGAUGUGGUGUUAAAAUAUCUCUCAGUAUGAAUGAAAGUCUGUAGAUUGCAUCUGCCGUGUCUUGUUCUUGCAAGCCAGACUGGUGAGGACUCAAGUUGCCCUGAGUGAUAAACAUGCAGGCUUUUCUCCUACCUGCUUACCAUAGCAUGAGGGUAUAGUUUCCACUUCACAUAUUCCACAAAUGGCCAAAAUGGUUUGCAAAAGUUUAUUUAGUACAGGGCAAUGCCUGACCUGAUCACGAUUUUUUUUCCCAAAGCAGAAAAAGCAUCAGUCAUCCUAGAAUACAUCAGCAUUCAGCUUGUGCACAAAAAGCCAACUGCUGGUGCCAGUAAUCAACCCAGUUGUUUAUCCAGUUCUGUCCUUCAGUUGCUGGGAAGAAUUAUCAAAAAGAUGGACAGGGCUAAACUCGAACAUCACUUGUUCUGCUAGUGACAUCUGAAGCCCCAUGUGUGGGCAGAGGGAGGAAAGAGGUGAUUGCUGAUGAACAGCUCCUCGCAGCUGGUGGUGGGACAGGGGCAAGGGGUACUUUGCUUGGUUCACAUCAUUGCUUGUUUUUCCUGUGCAGAGCUACAGAGAAGCUUGGAGCACUUUGCAAAAUUGGUCUUUAAUGUUUGAUCCUCUGAAUGUGUGGGAGGUACAGUAGUUUCUUAAUAUUUUUGUUCCUCUGCGUCGUUUAAUCUCAAAAGUUUACUGACCAACUGACAAAUGUGCAGCAUCAUAGACUGGAACAUCUAAAAUAGACAUACAUUCAUUUAUGCUAUGCAGGCCUGUGCCAUCAAACUGAAGAGCUAUGGCCAUGCUCUUGUCUCAAUUUGCAGAUUCUUGUCUUUUGUUUUCCCAAAGAUCCAUGAAUCUAGAAACUGUGUUACAGGAUGCUGUAUUCUGUCCUGGCCAAAUUCCACUUAGGGAACUGAUUUUCUGCUCAUGAAAAGUCCUCUAUGGUGAGCCGCCUUUGUUAAGAAAAGCACAAGUUAUUUCAUGGAGAAAUGAGUGUAUCUGCUCUUUCAAAACUUACAAUCUAUGGAUAUUUCUAUUAGGAGGAGGAACAAAAAAUAAAUCCUAUAUGCCAGCUGCCAGCUGUGCAUGUGAUGGCAUCCUUGGAGAAUAUUUAGGCACUCAAAAGAUGAUUCAAUGGGAAAACUGAGAACAGAACACAAGGAGCCAUUGAAUGACAGAGUUAUUAUUAAGGAAUAUACUUCGGUUUUGUCAAAACAUCUUGAAUUACCAUUUGGGAAAAAUAAACAUUUAAAUGUUGGGGCUGUAAUACCAUUUUCCUUGCAGUGAUUACUGUUUCUCCAGCCAGAGCUGAGGAGCCAGUGGAAAUAAUUCAGCGAAGAGUUCUUUUGGGCUUAAUAAUCUCGCAGUCUCUGAUCUGAAAUUCUCUGGUAGCCCAGAAAUAUUAUGCUUGAAUUCGUGAAUCUUGAAAAAUUCUGGAGUAGGAAAACGUAAGAUUGAAACAACACAAAAUAUCUUAUAUUGCAAAUUUUAGUCUCAUACAAACUCUAUCACCUCAAAGCUUCUCUUUUAAAUUAUGCUAAUGAGACAGUGCAUUUAUUUUGCUUUCUACUUAAUGCAGGAGCUUUGCUGUAAGUGCCCAACUUCUCUGUUUCUGGGUAGUCCAGACAGAAAUAAUGCCUGUCUUUUACGUGCCAUACACAUUCUGGUGUAGUUCAGAUGAUGUGACAACUCUAAGCCUCUAUGUUGCUCAAGGGUUAAAUCUUGUCACUAAGAGAGUUGCAGAAGACCUGGUAAAAGCAAGUGUAAGCUCAGUUAGAACUUCAUUCACUAUAAAUGAAAUGUUUUCCUAGCAAAGUCCACACAAGGCUGAAACUGAAGGAAAUCAUGGAGGUGAAAUUUGUCUCUAAUGAACACAAAGUACUAAUUUACUUGUUUUCAUCCUGCAUGUCUGGCAAAGGAGACACUGCUAUAUGGGACUAUGGUUGAAAUGGCAUCACUAUUCCCUGUCACCCACACAAGUCUAGCAAUUCCCAAUAAUCAUGCUUCUCAAGCAGUCAGUGAGUCACUGCUGAUCUGUUUUCUGCAAAGUAGACCUCUGUUUGGUUCCCAUGGUGAUCAGAAGUGACAGUUAUUAUGGGCUGCUACUAAAGAUUAGCAGUUGUGUGUGCUCUUACCUGGUUAUAGUCCCUGGGUGUUUUGCAGUGCAUCAUCAUUGCUUCCUACUGACAGCAAUUUAAAUGCUUCAGGUGAAUUGGCUUUGUGGAGAACAGGCUGAAGGAGGGGGAUUUGGGGAGUAUUUUUGUUUUGCAAUGUAUUUAGAACAAGAUGAAGAAAAUAACAACUCUGUAAACUUUCCAUAGAGCAAUGGUGGUCCAGUAUUGCAGGAAAUCUUUUGAGGCUGGGCUAAAUGACUCAACCCUUGUUUUAAAGAUAAUCAAGCACAGAACUUAGGUUUAUCAUAAUAGGAGCUAUUUCAUUUUAUCUGAUCUAACAAUUUUUGCUGAAACUCAGGGGUUUUCAAACACAGAAGAACUUCCUAGACAGCAGAAAUCUGUCACCCCUGUUGUGGGAUCUUCUUUUUACUGGUCACUAUUAAAAUAUGUAUAGGUGAAGAUAGGACUCACCUCAUGAACCAGCUCAUUCUGUGAAAUGCAGUGAAACUCUCAUUAGCAUAGCUGUACUGAGAAAAGUACCACAGGAUGAAGCCUGGGUAUAAGUGAGCUUUGUGUGCCAGAAAGGAGAAAACACAUAGGAGAACAGGAGAGUGAGGAUUAUUGUGCAGUGAAGAGAGAUGUAGAAAGAGGUUAGGAACAGAAAAUUAUGUAAAAAAGGAAAUACCUUAAUUAAGUAUCCACUGUGUUUGUCUGUGAUUGUAAUCUCUAGAGCAAGAAGUAGACAGCUGCCAAUUGUUUUAAGACUGAAGAGAAAUGUGAGUUGGCUUAUAAGGUCAUUCCAACCCUCAGAUGUCUGAGACUGCAAACCUUUAAGGAAAUAGCUUGUCUCAUUUUUAUUUGCUUAAAGUCCAGGGUAAUGAGUCCAUGCACCUUAAUGGUCCUUCUGGGUGUUACCAGGAUAUAUAAAUAUCCUCCUGUAUCUUUCAAAAUUUCUUUUGCUUUUUCCUUUAGUUUAUGUCUAUAGGCAGUCUGUGACAAAGACGUAAAUACAAAGAUGUAAAAACAAUUAACAGGGUUAAUAUAAGAAUAGAUUACAUUGCAAGAAUAGAUAACAUGCAAAAAGGAAGCCAAUGUUUAGUCUGAAAAACAGUGUAGAGAUAAAACCUAAACUUUGGUUUAGUUAUGCCAUGUAUUUUAGAUUUCUGAUAUAACCAAUGAAUCACUGUGCAAAUUAUUCAUUUGGGUCACAGCACCUUAUUGGUACUCUAGAAUUAUCUGUCCACUCACAGAAUUUUGUUUCUGAUGUUUGAUUCCUAUGUUACAGGAGAUGGCAGUAAUGUGAAAUGCUAAAUUCCACACUUCACCUUUGUUGUCCUCUUCUUGUGUUGUCUGAAUCUCAGUGUUGUCUGCAGGAUGGCUUCAUCUCCAUAAAAAAUGAGGUUGUGAUUCAGAACGACAGUUAAUUAGAAGCAAGUCAUAUUUGAUAACAGUUUUGUGGGGGAUACCAGACUGCUAGAAAAUGCAAGACUUCAUUGCAAUUAGGGAGGCAUUCAAACUUUGGAGAGUCCACACCGCAUCACUAUCAAACUUGACUUGUCAGUAUGCAAAUAUAAAACCACACACAUAAAUAAACAAAAUCAGGGAGGUAACACACACUUUCAAGCUUGUAUCCAAUAUCAUGUUUAUGGUUAUGUAUUACUGGAGUCUGACUGUAACCUGGAGCCGUGAAUAUUUACCUUACCUACAGCUAGGUAUGCAUUCCCCGAAGGAUAUUGCUCUGAGGAAGCCUUGGAAGGACUCCCACUACCUGGGUUGUCUGUAGGAGCCUCACAUGCUUAUGGGAAAUCAACCAAUAGACUUUCUCUAAAAUUAAGAUUUAAUCAGAUCAUAAUAUAAAUAAUAUCAACUUGAUCAAACUCCAAGUAUCUGGUUAUUAAAACAAUGUACUUCAUAUUUGAAGUCUCACAUUAAAUUAGCUGCCUGCUUCUUUUUCCUCUUCCAAAUUGUGAGUUACCUAAAUAAAUAAAUAAAUAAAUUCUUUUGGCUUUACAAGGAACUGCUUCAGAUCAUCAGAUAGAAACAAACCAUUUCUGGCAGGGAAUAAAUUUCUAAUAAGGAAACUGUGCCAGCCAGGAGAGAUGGAGGGCUUAUAAAUUCCAAAUUAUUUUAAUAGGAUGAAUAAUAGUUGGAGAAUUUACAUAGCACUGUUAAAGAGCAUUUUUUAAGACAUCAUUGCUUGUAUAAGCAUUGCUUCUUGAGAAACCCAAGAUUUCCAUUGGAAAGAACCCUGAAAAUCACUACUUGAAAAAUAAGUUUUGAUUUAUGAUAAUAUUUUCUCAAGAGCAGCAUUAUAUUUUUCUCCUUGAAUUUCAAGAGGAAGCCAAAUUCUCAUUGGAGCCAGUGAGUAAACAGCCUACCUCUCCUUGCCUGCAAACAAUCACAGAUAAUUCUCAUUCAGAGGUACAAGAAAAAACAUAACUGGUAGUAGUAAUGUAUGUGUUCAUACACUUGAAAUGAAUCCAAAUCUUUAACAAAUUUGUGUAGAUUACACUAGAUUUCAUGCUCUUCCUUUCAAGUAUUAUCAUUAAAACAUGAUACUUCUUUUUUUUUUCUUGUUGGUUGAAAUAAUCCCCAGAAAAAAAUAUUUCUUCUGUGUUUGUUGCAAGAAUGUGUAAUUCUUUAUAAUUUGCAGCACUUCUUGCACUACUUCUCAUUUUUAUCUAGAGUUCAACUUCUGGCAUAAAAAACGUCUGCCACAGACUACGUUUUCCCAAAGGGCUAUGCUCACACCUGUGCUCAGCUGAGCAUUCCAAGUAGGUGCUGCUGGAGAUUUUAUCCUGAAUGUUUCACUACUCAGCUGUCUUUCUCAACUUCAGUUGAAACAGGGACAAUGUUGCCUGAUUAUACUGUAGGAGGAGAAUUUACUGCAUGUAUGACUGUGUCAUCUUGAGAUUUGCACUGGCACAGUUUGAGGAGUUUUCACUAUCCAUGAGGAUAUUGAAACCUCAUCUUGGCUCCUGCAUGACACCUACUUGACAUGGUUUAGCCCCAGCCAGCAAUUAAAGCCCACACAGCCACUCUCUCACUCCUCCCAGGUGGGAUGGGAGAGAAAACUGGAAAAGUUAGAUAACUCAUGGGUUGAGACAAAGCAAAAGCUUCACACACAACAAACAAGCAAAUAAGGAAUUCAUUUACCACUUCCCAUGGGCGGGCAGGUGUUCAGCAAUCUUGAGGAAAGCAGGGCUCUGGCAUGCCUAACACUGACUUGGGAAGACAAACACCAUCACUCUGAAAGUCCUCCCCUUCAUUCUUCUUCCCCCAGCUUUAUAUGCAGGUAUGCAAUGUCCCUUGGAUCACUGGGGGUCAGCUGUCCUGGCUGUGUCCCCACCCAGCUUCUUGUGAGCCCUCAGUCCAUUUGCUGGUGGGACGGUGAGAGGCAGAGAUGGCCUUGAUUCUGCUCAGCAAUAAUGAAAACAUCCCUGAAUUACUAACACUAUUUCCAGCAAAAAUCUACAAAACCACAGCCACAUCUGAGCUACUCUGAUGAAAAUAAAUUCUUAACCCAGCCAACAGCAGCAAGCUCCUUUAAAUUUUGUGUUACAAAGUUGGAAGGCACAAAAUGGUGGGAAAGCGUCUCCAUUAACAUUUCAGUUUGUGCAGUGAUGUGCAGAACAAGAGCAAGCAUUACUGGUGAAUUAGUUGGAUAGAUGACUUGGCCACACUUCAGUCUCUUUGGAGUGCGUUGAAAUGAUGACAAAAGGAGCGACAUAAGGAAUCAGUAUCACAAAUACCUGUAUUCAACAUUGCGAAAGUUAGCAGUAUCUGGUGUUCUGUCCUGUGAAAAUUUCACCUCCAUGCCCCUCUAGAUAGGAAAGGAAAUUGCUCCCGGUAGUUUUUACCCUAAAAAUUAAUUCCUCAUAGUGACUUAUCAGUAUUCUUGCCUAGGUCAUGGGGUCUGGCUGAUGUACACAGGGUGUAGCUCUUCUAGUCUGGAACCCCCGCUCUGCAGCCUGCUAGUUUUGUCACACGGUUCUGUAGUGCACCUCCAUGCUGUCUGCCUGUGUGAGCAGUCAUAUUGGCCUGGAGAAAGAGCUGGUUGACUGCUGAGGCAGAGGACACAUCCAUGACAUACGCCCUUGGUUGAUCCCACUGUCUCUGUUGCUCUCAGUGAGGUAUGGCAGCUUCACACCAACCGAGGGAGCAGCCACAUGCUGGUGAUUGUCCCCAGGCCGGGUGCUGUCCCCACCCAGGACAGCAGGCCAGCACAAACACUACUGUGCUGGAGAGGCUGGGCUGGUCUUUGGCUGGCCAAAGUCUUAAGCAAUUCUGGUGUUUGUUUUUCUGCACCUCUUGCUCUCUUAGCAGCAGAACCCAAGAAACUGCACUGAGUUUCCUUUUGUGUACCUCCUGGACAAGCCUCAUGUUCAAAGCUGUGCUGGUGACAAUCCAAUUCAUCAUCAUCUGUCAUCAGUUGCACAUUGCCAGGCUCUCCCAGCAGUCUCAGAGUCUCAUCCUAGGCUGUAGGCUGAAAAAAAAAAUCCUUGACCAAAGUAGGUCAGCAAACCAUGCCUGGCCUCCAGCAACAGCUUCAAUCAGGGACGGCAAAUUUCUCACUAUUGCUCCUAAGAAUUUUCUUCAAAAGUGAUACUUUUCUUUCAAAUGGGAAAGAGCUUUACAGAUGUAGAUGGCAAUGACAGCUCCCUGAAGCUUGGAUCCUCUGCCAGUACUUUACAGAAAAGGUGUUCUGAUGAGAGAGAAUCCCAAAACAGGGGAUUUACUAUUAAAAAAAACCACCAAAACCAAAAAAACCCCACCUAAAAAUGUGUAAGGAAUUUUUUGUAAUGAACCUUGAUACACAUCUGGCAUUCUCAUUUCUGUAUCAUUGAAUUGCUCGUUCCCUAAAAGCAGACAGCAUCUGAAGUUUUUUUCCAUAGUAUCUAUACAUGCAAUUUUAGCAGCUAAAAAUUUACAUUUUUUUCAAAACACUUAUUUCAAAUUUUGAAAAAAGUUGCUUUAUGUCUACUAUCCUGAUUCCAAAAUUUCCCAAAUUAAUUAACCAAUCAUUUCAAAGCUUGUGGUCAUUUAUUUUACACUUUAUGGUUUCAUUUUAAUAGAUAGACUCAAGUGCUGGUUUUAAAAUGAGGGGUUAUGAAAUUUUACAAAAUAUUUAGCAAUGAGAAUGCUAACAGUACUACUUUUCACUUUGGCACUGCCGGUGAUGAAGUUAUCGUUUGUGGACAUAACUUAAAAAUCAAAUUGUCUCUAAAGGAACUUCUAGGUUAAGUUUCAAAGAUUAGAGUAUAUAAAAAUGAUACAUCUGGGCUACUUCAGAUUGUCCUGUAAGCCAUAAAAAUAUGUCUCUGAGGUUUUUUCUAUAGAGAAAUUCUUGCUGUUGUCCAGCGAUUCAUUAGAGCUCUGGUCUAGCCUCUCUACAGAUGUUACUAUUAUUCUGCAAUGAAAAAAGACAACCAGCCAUUUCUGGGCACUCUGUAAAGUCUUGAAAGCAAUAUAGCUUAAAAUAAAUGUUUGUAUCCUGCUGUGUUCUUUUGACCUUCAAUGCACUUUGGGCACUACUAAACUAUAAAUAUGAUAUAAAUAACAUCAAAAGAUUCACUCUCUCAUGCUCAGAAAAUUUGAAGAAUACCAAAAUUAAGCUUCCUGAUAUAUUUCUAUUAGGACACAUUUUUUGACAAUGUGAUCAAUAUUAUUUUUAUGCUACAAUAGAUUAACCGAAUUAGAAAUCUGUGGGAAAAUAUAUUUUCUGUUGAAAUUUUGCAAAUGCUUUUUUAUUAAUUUUAUAAUUGUUUUAUCCUUGCUUUGGGCCAUUUUGUUGCCCAGGAUUAUGCUUUCUUUGCCUGUGCGCAAGUUUGAUAAUAAAAAUGCAAUUGUUUAUGUCCUUUCUUAUUUUUGGACUACUGAAAGCUGGUUCUUUAUUAACCAAAGAUGGAUAAUUGAUGAGGGCAACAUCUCCCAAUAAUUGUCAGUUGCUGUCUAAAAUGCAGAAUGAAAAUGUCAAUUCUUCAAAUUGCUGUAGCUCAAAUGAUUUUGUUUUGCCAUUACUGUAACUUACUGGGAACUCAAAAGCUUCCAUCAUGCUGCUGAAUGGGUUAAAAUAAACUUGAAGAGAAAAAGAA